GUAGUCGCACCUCAAGCGUAGCCGUUCACGUUGGUAGAAAAACGGAUGCUGUAUCACGUUCGUAUCAUGUUCGACCGUGACGGUUCGGCGCUAUUCCUUCGUAUGCAGGCACUUGUACGGUACUAGUAAAGCAAGGAAGAUCGUGCGCAUAUAGGGUUUCGGGUUUAGGGUAAUAAUUCUAUAUGAUAUAGAAUUAUUACCCUAAACCCGAAACCCUAAAUUGUGUACGGGGAACAGCGUCCAAUUUCGUCACUGGCACUUCUUACGAACGCCGUGUCGAUUCUCGAAAUUCACGAAACGGAUUUGAUACAAAUAAAGUAGAUGUCGCAAAAAAUUCCCUUCACCUUUUGAGCCCUUACCCUGAAGAUCGCUUCCAAAACGGGAAAGCUGUUGCGGCUCUAUUUCUGAGGCGUUGGCGUAGCGUCAGUUUUUCGUAGAAAAAAACUAUCGGCUAUUAAGAAGUACUAAGAUUGGUCCCGCCGGACGGUCUCAGUGCAACUUCGGCGUUGAUGAAUGUCGACGAUGCAGUCAGCCUUUUGCGCUAGCGCAAUAAAUAAAGAGAACGCGCCAGAGUAGAUAUGUAUAUGAUAUUGAGUGAAACUCAGUUUUCGUAUAAAACUGCGAGAUGACAACUCCUAACUUCUCACUCUGCGAAUUGAUACUAAAGCAAGACAUACUCGUAGGCACCAGCACUCAGCAAAAUAAGGAAGACGCCACGGCACCAGUGUACUUAUCGUGGAGUUUUUCGUAUGUUGUUUCAUAUUUUUAC